UGUAUAAAAAGGCCAAAGCUGGUGAAAUUAAAGAGUUCACUGGUAUUUCUGCACCUUAUGAAGCACCUGAAAAUCCAGAAAUCCAUAUAAAAACACACGAAGUCUCAGUGGAAGAAGGUGUGCAAUCAAUUUUAAAUUACCUUGUCAAAAAUGGACUUGUUGCUGCAGAUAAACUAGAAUAGCCACAAGUUUGAAUAUGAAAGAUAUGUGUCAAUAAAACCUACUCUUCUUGUUUAAUAAUAGAAUCUACUUUGAAUAAUAAUGAUAGGGCAAAGAACAAUGUAAAUUUUAUGGCUACCAUUAGAUGCACACAAAGUCAAACUGGUCACACAAAAAUAAAAAGCAUAAAGCAAUAUCUUGCCCCUUAUUUCUUCCUUUUUUUUUUUUUUUCUUUCUAUAAUUGAUUUCGAAAGGCACAAGUGAUAGAGAGAGGCACUCGAGUCUUCAAAAAUCAAAAUCCUUUGAAAAUAUCUCGUACAUUGAAUAAAAUAUGGGUACAUCGCCACACAUCCCUGCCAACACGAGCACUAGCAGCGCUAAUGGGCUCUUAAUGUCUGAAGAAUGUGCCCAUUACGAGAGAUUUGCGACAGCAACUUAUGCGGACGAUCCAUUUCCAAUGCCCAAAAAUAAGCUCCUGCGAUAUAUGAAAGUACGUGCUCGUUGUAGUACGUUUUGUGAUUAUAUGACAAACCUAGACAAACAUCCUUUGCAUGGCCCAGCAUGGUUGAACAGAAUGAAUAACGAUCCUGAUGUAAAAAAUUUGAUGAGAAUGUGUCUCAUGUUGUGGCCUCGUCAAGCCAAAAAGUGCGAACAACCACUGAUCGGCAUCGGAUUAGUGAGUGAGUCAGGGAUUUUUGACGAUGCAUGGACAAAGUUGAGAAAAGAAAAGGAAAAAGAACAAGAAUUGUUAAAUCAAAAAGUGCGUAUUAUUGAGGGCCCUAAAGCGAAAGGUUACAUGGUAACGGAUGAACUUAAAAGACCAGCAACAACAACAACAGUUACCACAUCGUCAUUACCGUUACAAGCGAAAUCACGAACAGCAUCCACAAUUUCAGAACAACUUAAACAGCUCGGCAAUACUGCAAGCCAACCCAUUGAUUUAGAUAAAAGCCCUACUGCGAACUUAACCACUUUUUAUGUCGAAAUGAACGACAACUUGAUCCCACAAAAUGAUAAUGUACUUCGGAAACACUUACGAGAGAAUCCAACUUUGCCUAAUAGAGAGCUUGAUUUGUAUAGAAAGGCUCGUAUGACUGCAUUUGAGACGGUGGCCAAAUUUAAAGCAAAUUCACCGGUAAUCUUGCAAGAAAAUGUUGAUGACCGUAAUAGUAGCAAUAAUGAUGAUGGUGUUGAUAGUGGCAUUCAUCAUAGCUACGUAAUUGACGAAGGCAAAAAAAAAGCAAAGGCAUCGUUUAAACAUUCAAAAGAAAAGCAAAAGAUGCUCGAACAACAACGUCAAGCAAAACGAACAAUACAACAAAUGAAUGCAUUCCAACCUCAAUACCCGCAAACAAUAACAGAUGAUAACAAUUCCAAAGAUGACAUUCCGGACGAUUCCUUUGACGGCGUCGAUUACACUGACGGUAUGGAUGAUGAUUUUGCGUUCGAUUUCAACAGCGAUGAUAUUGGUAACUUCAACAAAGAUUUAUACGACGACGAUACGGAUCCUAUCUACAACAACAAUACAACAAAGGAUAAAGGGAAGCGGAAGGCACUGUCUCCAUAUGAGAUGAAGCAACUAGUGCUGGACAGAAAUCAUUUCAGCAAAGAGCCGGCAUUUGAUGGUACCAAUGACACGGUAGUGAACAAUAAAGAAAUAGAAAAUAUGUACGAUGAUAUGGAAGUUGUAGAAAAUAAAAGCCCUUCUUCAUCAGCAGCGCCCAGUUAUCAAGUCCCAGAGCCAUCUGUAGUGAUAGCAUACCGAGAAAAUCAUGAUAACACGCAACAUAUAGCGAUACCGAAAACACUUGGAGCAAAUCAUUUAAAAGACGAAAAUGCUAGAAGGCUCAGUAUGAUGAGAAGGAAAUACGAGCCAAAAGUGUUAAUAAAAAGAAGAAAUAUUUCCAAAGAAAAGAAGGGGUACUUAGAGACGGCAAAACGAUCGUUCGCCAUGAAAGGUUUAUCCCCACACGAAUUUCAUACUUUAGCUAGACGUGCAAAAAUGCCAACAACGAUACAAUCUCGAUUUUAUUCUUCUGAUUCAACCAAUUAUUCCCCUACACCUUCAUCUUCUUCGUCUACCACUAGUAGUAGCAGCAUCAUUUCGGACAUAUCCAACCGAAAGGACACCAAACCUACUUCAACGGCCAAUAGUAGCAAAAUAUCUCCAAAGCGACACAUUAAAUUUUUCAAAAGGCCAAGAGGACGACCAAGGAAGAUACCUAUACCACAAGCUAUUGUUAGAAUCAAAUUAGGCAGGACCCGUAAAUAAAAUCGCUAUUCACAAACCCAGUCUUAAUUAUGAUCAUUUUUCUA